AGGGAAUGUCAGUUAACUUUUGUGAAGUGUUGAAUUUUGUUGAACUUUUACUUUGAGACGUAUAAAUUAAUUGGUUAUAAUUCAACAUUCGGAAGUGCCAAAUACCAUUGAUCAACAUGCCGCUGGAAUUGAUUGUUAUAUCGCUGAUGCGCACUGACAAGUGGAUAAAUGUGCUAAUGCUGAAUACCCCGGACGAGGACUUCGGCCGGCUGCAGAGCAGACGCAUCGAUGUGAGCUCCGAUGGCAUACGCUGGAUCGAGCGCGACUAUGAGCAAUUCACGCCCCUGGGCAAGUUUUUCGAGAUCAACACCAAUCCCGAAGCAGGCAUCACAGUGGACAAGGAAACGAGCAACGCCACUGCCCUGAAGCUGAGCCUCGUUCGCAUCAACGAUGCGGCCCUCGACCAGCAAACCGUCGAUGUCGGGAUAAAGGAGCUGCAACUGCUCCUGAGCGGAACCUGUACCCUGCACUGCACCAACUGCUACAACGAGCUGGUGGCCGCGCGUUGCUUCAGCUCCAUUCGUCCCAUGCCCAUUCAAACCAUGGAGCCACUGAAGUACUUUUGCCCUAAGAACCGGGUGCCCACAGCGGUGGAUGAGGGCGAGCUGUACUAUGCCCUCAACUACAUUGUGAUAAGUCCCCAGAUCCUGGGCAAGCGCCUCGUCCAGUGCGGAGGGCGUAUUCACUGUGGCCGCUGCCUGCAUCUGGUGGGCGAGUCGUUGGGCGAGAAGGUGGCCGUGCAGCUGUACGUGGAUACACUCUGGGUGGGCUCGGCUGGCCAGGAUGGCAUGCCAGAGGGGCGUCUGGAGAAGUUCUUUGGCCCGCUGACGGUCUCGCAGCUCAUGCUGCACCUGCUGCAGGACGCCGUUCCCAUCAGCGAUGAGAGCACCAGGCUGUUCCUGAAGACAGUGCGUCCGGAUGGUCAGCUGCACUAUAUGCUGCUUCUCGUGGACACCAAACCACUGCAUCUGCUGCGCUCCAAGCUGUCGCUGAUCGAGGACCUCAAUCUCGGCGACUACGAUGCCGACAUAUCGCUGAUCUCGCACAGCGACAGCAGCAGCGAGAGCAUCACUGCAAACAGCAGCGACAGCGACAGCGACGAUAGUGGGCCGAGUGUUAAGCGCCGACGUCGUCCCCAUCGCAGCGGCGAUUCGAAGCCGGUGCACGAGAUUAAGGUGCGCGGCUAUCGGGGCUGCCGCAUCAACUAUCACAUGUUCAGCACCGACGAGGAGCUGGCCGCCAACACGAAGCUCAUCGAGCAGUGGCGCAAGGAGGGCACGCCCAUGGUGCGCAUCUCCUAUGGGAUGAUGAUGGAUCUGCUGCGGGAGCUGAACGUGAACGAGCUGCUGGUGGAAACGCUGGAGCGCAUUGCGCCCGAUGAGAAAACGGGACGCGUUAGCUACAUCAUCUAUGAGCCCGACGAGGAUACAUAGACGAACUCUGGGCACGCUCGAAGCUCACUUGCUCACCUCGCAUUCCAAUCGACUGAUG